UUGACGAUGGAGAGAGAGAUGGAGGAAAAUCGAGCCAUGCGAAUGGUACAAUACAACGGAAAUCACGACCAAGGUGGGAAACCUGCGUACGCAUACGCCGCGGGGGGUUAUCCGCAGUACCCCCAGCAGCGUCAAAAUGACUAUAUAAGCCAAAAGCAAGGACAUGCAGUUUUCAGUCCGUACGGUACGGAGUUCGACGAUCACGGGUCCUACAAGAAGCCACCUACCGGCGGAUACGUAAACCAAGGCUACCAGUAUCGCCCCAGCUACCAUGGAGGGGGUUAUGAGUAUGAUUAUAAUAAACGGUACUGAUUCCAGAUAAAAAGAGAAAUGUUAUUGUAAUGCAUUGUGCUCUUAAAGUCAGGAUUAGAU